GCUGCUGUUGCUGCUGUUCGGUGAGAGAAGAAAGACCAACGCAGGGGCGAAACACACUGUAGGCUGCUAGCAGAGAGAGCAGCAUGGCGGGGCUACAGGACUUCCAACAAGGCAGCCACUGUCACAGGAAAACGUGGAUCAAUAUACUACUAGGAAUACUACAAUUACUUUUGCCCUGCGUCCAGCACGGAGGAGCUCAGCUGCAAGCUCUGAGUCAGAUGUCCACCAGCGUGGUCGAGGUCUGGCAGCCUGAGGAUGCAGAGCCAUUAAUCCCCAUUCAGGUGGAGAGGGAGCGGAAAAAGGACGGUCUUCCACUGGAAGACAGUUCCUCUCCAUUUACACAUGAGAAUGGGAGGCCCUUGCAUUUUCAGCCCCCAGCCUUGGAGUUUGGGACCCAACCGCUGGGGCUGCCAAGAGCUGAAACCAUAUAUAUACACAACCCCAGCCAGGAAGUUCCUGUGACACUGCUGUCAAUGUUUACAUCCAGCAGGCAUUUUUACAUACCUUCCUUUCACAGAAGAGUUAUCCCACCCAGAGGGAAAGCAUCUUUUAAACUAAUUUUCCUCCCGUCGGAGGAGGGCAAUGUAGAAAACACAUUAUUUAUAAACACAUCGGCCCAUGGGCUGCUGUCAUACCAGCUUUUUGGUGUGGGAGUUCACCGGGGUUCAUUAAAGUCUGUCCAAAGAAAGGAUAGUCUGCUAAUAUUCCCUCAUAUCCAGAGCAUUAAGCUGACCCAAACUCAGGAAGAUGCCUCCAACAUCACAAUACUGGGUCUACUCCUGGAGUGCAGCUUACCGAAGAGUUUGUUCAACAAUCCUCAGGGGUCCUGCCUCCAGAGUGAGGAGCGCCUCAGUCUGCAGAUUAAUCUGUCAGUGCAUGGUGACCGGCCCGCUGACCUGGACAAGCUCAAGCCUUACGUCAUUGAGCACAUUCUGGUGCUGCUGGUGGCCUCCACUGCUGGGCAUGCUGCGUUAGGGGAGCCUAAAAUAGGAGUUUAUAUGUUAAAUUCUGGAGGCAAGAAGCUCUACAUAAAGGAAAUGCAGGUGCUAUCGAAAGUGGAGGUCAGCCUCGAAGUUAACAAAGUUCCUCUAAGACCAGAAGCAAAAAACUUCACGGAAGUAGCUACCCUGGCCUGCAGAGGAUCAUUGCCAGGGCAUGGAAGGAAGUGCAUGAAUCAUAUCAGUUUAAAGAUUCUGGGAAACAGGACAACAUACAGCUUCCCUGGGCUUCAUAUCAAACACAGCCUGUUUCAGAUGAAACAAAGGGAUGCAGACCAGGUCGAUCUGUGGUUGACAAACACCCUCACGUCGCCACUCACUGUGACGAAUGUCAGCCUUUCACAGAAACUGCAGGGUGUAAUGAAGGUGAUGAACUUCAGUGGUCCAAUGACAGUCCCCAGGGGCUGCUGGCGGAUCCUGUCCCUCCAGCUGCUCAGUAAAACUCUGCCUGUCAAUCACCUGUCAACACUAAGGCUGGAUACCAGCCUGGGCUCACCCCUGCACAUUCCCCUCCUCUUUCAAUCUGCUCCCUCCAAGGAGGGGGAUGUUGUGUUUGAGGCAGAACGAGAGUGUGGGCGACCCUGCCCACUCAGAUUGUCAGAAACAGGGCGUUUAGAGUGGCAGCGUUCUCUCCUCCUAGACUUUUUCCCCUCAUGCUGGGCUGUAGACAGCAAACUGGCUGCUGAGCUUUGUUCUCGAUGGCAGAGCCACAAAGACAAACUUCCUUGCAGGUGGCCCAGACUCCCUGUGGAAAUGUCCUCCCCUCUGGACUUUGGUGCCACACCUGUCAAUGAGAGCAAGGUGAAGACUUUCAUGCUGAAAAAUCCAUCUGCCUCAGUGGUCUCUGUAGAAAUUCGGAUCCUCUCCCUGUACCCUGCCCCGAUAGAGGCUCUGGACCUCCUCACCAAAUGGUUUAAUAUCAGCCCCCUUUCUGUCAACAUCAGCACCACAGAGUUUUCUCUGUUGACUUCCAACCCAAAGGUGGGUGAGGGUGUGGACGGUGUGAUACGAGAGGGUGUGCUUCGUCUGCUGCUGCAGCCCUGGGAGUCCAGAGAGGUCGCUGUGGUCUUCUCUCCCUCUGAACAUAAACCCACAACUACCAUUCUUAUUAUAAGGAACAACUUGACGGUGUUCGACAUGGUGACGGUGAAGGGUCAUGGGGCCAAAGAGCUGCUCAGAGUUGGUGGCAAACUACCCGGCCUGGGAGCCUCCCUGCGCUUCAAUGUCCCUCAGUCGACUCUAAUGGAGUGUCGCGAUGGUCUGCGCACCAACAAGCCGCUAUUCGCCAUCAGAAAGAGUUUCAAGGUUGAGAAUGCAGGAGAGCUUCCUCUGACAGUCAUGUCCAUGAAUAUAAAUGGAUAUAAGUGUCAGGGAUUUGGCUUUGAGGUACUGCAGUGUCGCUCCUUCAGCCUCGACCACAACUCCACCUCUGAGAUCACCAUUGCGUUCACCCCAGACUUCACCUCAUCCUGGGUGAUUCGGGACCUCACUCUGGUGACGUCUCGUGGCACUUCUUUUCCUUUCACCCUCAAUGUGACGCUGCCCCACCACAUGUUGCCUCUCUGUGCUCAGGUGGUUCCUGGCCCAAGCUGGGAAGAAACCUUCUGGGUGAUCACCCUCAUCUUCACAUGCCUCUCUCUGUUUGGAGUGUGUCUGAUGGCCUUCUAUCAGGCUCAGUUUAUCCUGAAUGAAUUCUCCACAACCAGCAGCAGAAGCAACCACAACUCUGUCCUGUCCCGGGACAAUGGGUCUGUCAACAAUAUCACACCCAAUGGAAUAAAUAAAACAAAGGGAAGUUGUAAGAGUUAUGUGGACACCUGUCACACUUCUGAUAAAGGAAAGGGGCGUGGCUCUCCAGCCUUGGCCAACAGCCCCACACCACGUCCUCAGACCACAAAGAAAGGCCUCUCCACUACCCCAUCUCAACCACAAAAGAAACACAAGGUUUCUCUUUAUUACACCAAAUACAAGUCCAGCUCCACAGCAGCAUCUGGUGCUGUAACAAUGGAUGAAGAGCAUGAGGAUCUGACUCAAGAAGCUCCCCUGACCCCAGAUUCUGACGUCUGCAACAACAACAACGAACCAACUUUUAUCAGUGAUUUGGAUAAAAAGACAUCCACAGACUUUAAAGAACCCCACAGCACCGUAGAAGACCGGGCACCAGCAGUUAUGUUUCCCAUGGAAAUGCCUGCUGGUUUCCCAGAUAAUGUCAUCUUAGGCCCUGGACCAAGACCAGGUCUGUUAGCGUGCAGCCCUGUAGAGAAGAGCUGCACUGAGCGUUAUGCAGAGAAGAUCGACACUGAGAAAAGGGAUAGUUCUGUACUCGAGCAGAAAGAUGAUGGCAAAGGCCAGAAAAAGAAAGCGCAGAGCACAGAGGUUGGAACUGCACCAGGGAAUAAUAAGGGAAAGAGGAGUCGCAGGAAGACAGAAAAUAAUUCCAGCACUCCUGAGCACAAUGUGCUAGUGAUGCCAGAGAGGGAAAAAGAGCCUGACUGCAAGACAGGGGACCGCAAUGCCAGUGGAACACGGAACCGUAACCGCUGCCCCAACAGCUCCAAAUCAGAAGCGCCAAAGCCUGGGCAUAGUGACGAGAGCCCUCUCAAACAGAAUGGUGUGUGUCCUGCCCGCAUUCGAAAGAAGUGUCCAACACAGCAGCGUGGUAAUGGAGUGUGUGAGUCGGGAUCCGACUCUGGCAGCUCAUCAGGCAGUGUGAGGGCCAGCAGAGGGAGCUGGGGCAGCUGGAGCAGCGCCAGCAGCAUGGAGGGCGACAAAGACCCAAGUUCUCGGACGCAUGCCUGCACUACCUCAUCCAGAAAAAGGGAAUCCAUGCAGUACAGUGUCUGUCCUGUAGAGAGAGACUGCUACCAGACCAUGAAUACAAACCACAAGGCUCUCAGCAUGAACAACCUGUACCAUAAAGACAUGUGCCAAAGCCAAGAAUCCACAGCCUCCAGCUUUGCCCCAAGUUUUGCUGCUGUCGCUGCAGGAGUGGACAGAAAUAUGGAACUGACCAGUCAAUACAUGCCUGAAGAGACGUGGUCGGCUCCGUCCAUACCUCUCACCAAUGAGUUCAGAUACAACACCACUGAGGCGCUGCCCUACAUACCUCAGCCACCAACUACCAGGCAGUACAAUGGGUUCACUUGGAAUAGUGCCAACAGCCACUGCAACAACCCCUACACCUACUGUGAGGAAACCAACUACAUAGGUAAUGGAACAUUUCCAAAUGGUUUUCCUGGUCAGGAGAGCCAGAACACACACAGCAACCAGAGCAGCUGGACAGAGGAACAGCCACAGGAAUCACCCUCGGCCUGGGACACAGGAGCCUGUGUGGGCAGCAAGCCAUACUUCUCGGGCACUCGCAGCCUCUCCCCCAUGUCCAGCCUGUUCGGGUCCAUCUGGACGCCUCAGAGCGAGCCCUACCAGAGCCACUUCCAACCCGAGCGGUCCGCGCCGAUGUCUCCCGUGUCUCCCAUGUCUCCCAUCAGCCCCCCUCACUCUCCCUUCAGCCGGGAGCCGGAGGGGACCUGCAGACCGAUCCAGUACUCCAACUUCAACCCGUUUGGCCCUCACAUGAACCUGGACAUAUGGAACUCUUCUUCCAACCGCAGCUCCAACUCACAACUCUCCAACGACUCUGGCUACUGUGGAGAUGUUUAAAAAACAAUAUAUAUACAUAUAUAUGUAUAUAUAUGUAUAUA